UUUAGACAUCGUGUUUCUCUUGCAGUUCUUGCAGUAUUGGACUGAUUGGCAUUGGUUUUCAUUACCUGCCUCAUUCAAGUGUUGGUCCAGAAGAUCAAAGACGGAGCUUUGGAUGAUGAUGAGGCUAUCAUCAGUCGCAAAGUGCUGAUGCUUGAAUCUCUAACAAGAUCUUCUGCUUCCAUAAGAAAAGAAAUAAAGGACCGAGAAGAAGGGAAUAUUCCUUGAACACCUCUUCAGUAUUACAUCUCACAACAUUACUUUUUACUUGAAAACUGAAAAUAAUUUUUUUAUAAUUUUACUGAAGGGCUUAUUAGGAUGUGAAAGGAGUUCUAACAAUAUUAAUUUACCUAAAUAUUAGAAUAAUACUCAUGAAUUUAUUGAAGUUCUGCAUAGUUAUCAUUGAUAUAUGCUGUACUGUAUGAAGGAAACCAAUUUUGUCAAUGUUAGAACAUUAAUGGAUUUAAUGAUAGUAAAAAUAUGUAAUUCCUCAGUUUGUACAGGGGUACAGGUAUAUGAAAGUAAUUUAUUUUGGUUAUGGAUUUCCUGCAGCAUUAUUUUAAAAAUUUUGUACAUGUAUAUACAAAGAGAUAUGCAUUUCAUUUGUAAUGGAAUGAAUUAUAUUGUACUAUGUAAAGAAUUGAUUGUACAAGAAGCCAUUUGGUAAUUUACAUAUUUUAUUUGUAAUGAAACUUCUAUUGAUCAGCAUUACUUAUGCAUUUCCUGUAUGUUUAGAAUUCCUCCAGUUUUCAUUUUCUAGAGAAACAAAUUGUUAGUACAUGUAUACUAUAUAGGAACAUAAAUUUUUCUGUAAAUAAAGAGGAAAUAAAUUUUUAAGCCUAAAAUGAGUGCUGGUAGAGGCACUCGCCUUUCUCGAAAGAGAAAAAUUGAUGCAGAUAUGCCGUCUGUGUCUGGGUCAUCUUUACUCGAUAUUACUGAUGAUUUUCAAGAUAGUGCCACACUCUUCAGGCUCCCUUCUAAACCUCUGAAGAAAGUCAAGACAGAAAGCACUGCAGCUUCCAGGCCUCGUGGUAGACCCAAGAAAAUUGGAACAAAGAAUGUAUCACAUAGUGAUGUAGCACCUUGUAAAGACACAGAAAGACCAGAAUUACUGGAUGUGGAUAGUGAUUCUUUACUAGACCAGCCAGACACACUAUGCACCGAGUCUGAGGACUCUCAAGAGGAAGUGACAGACGAAAAUAAUUUCCUGGUGGAAUUGGAAAAAUCUAUAUGCUCAGAAUCUGAAAAAUUGUGUCCCUGUUGUAAACACAUUGUUUCUUGUGCUAUAUUUGGUGACCACUUUAGAGAAUGUUUACAAAAAUUCAAACUAACUAAGAGUGGAUGUGAAAGACUGUCUACAAAAGUUGCAAAAGAAGAAAUAGGAAAAGAAUUGGGAAAAACUGAAGAUAGUCAAGUACUCCUUUGCCCUGUCUGCAUGAAGUCUCAGAAAUCUAAGAUCCAGUGUCAUUCUCACAUGAAAAUCUGUGCUCGAGCUCAUGGUCUAAGUUCAGAACAGCUAUUACUAGCAUCAAGAUUGCUUGAAAAGCAAGCUGAAGAAAGACGCAAGUUAGGUUUGCCUUUUCUAGUACAAAAGGACAGUGAUAGUCAUAAAUAUGAAGAUAAGGUAAAAAAAAGUGCUAAACAAUAUAUAAAAGGAGCCAGAAAAGACCCUGAUUUAGCAAUGGCCUUGGCUCUUUCACGUUCAGUUGCUGAAGAAGAAGCUGUAGCACGAGCUUCCAGGGAAGAGAAGUUGUUGGCUCUGGGUCUAGACCAGAUUGUGGAUGAAGACAGACAAGUUCAGCCUGUUAUAUUUCCCCAUCCUGUAAUAGAUAAUGAAAGAGCAGCCUCAUCUCAGACAGGAAAUAAAAGACGAAGGCGCCAUGUUAAUUUUAGCAAAAUGCCCUUAUCUACACGUUCUGUUGAGGAAAGGGAGAGAAUUGUUAGUGAAAAAGUUGCAGCCAUAUUAACUAAUGAGGAUAUGCCAAGGGUCAACUGGAAACAAACAAGGAAUUCUGGAGCGAAAGGCCGUCUUUCAAAGUUCAAGAAUGAGGCUUGCAGGCUGUGGGAGGCUUCUCAUAGUUCUACAGAUCUUCCUCUUGAAGAGUUUUAUGUUUCUGAGCUUGAGCCAUAUAUUAAACCAGUGAACACUGCUGUAGGGGGACUUUUAAGAAGACUAUCAGAAAUCCCCGGGCGCUUAAAUCUGACAGCUAUACAAUCUAUGAGUGAUGAGAAUUCUGACUCGGGAUCAGAAAGUGAGGAGACAUCUGUGGUUAAUGGGUAUUGCACACAGUUGGCCCUGGCUGAACUCUUGGGUUCUCAAAAUUGUCUUGAACUUACUCGAGCUUGUAACUCUCUAGAGGAAGAUGAAUCAAUUCCACAAGAUAUGGAUACUUUGCCAAACCCAGAUGUGAUACUAGAGCCUGGCAGUGGCUUUUGGGUUGUUCACACAACAGUGUGUGCAGCAAAUCUUGAAAUUCCAUUAAAGUCUGGUGAUAAUACAGAUAAAAAUUAUAGUAAAGAUGAAAGUGAAAUUGUUGGAAGUGUGGUAUUAGGCAGAGAAAAGGAAAAUCCAGUUGGCAUAUGCGAUAGCAGUAGUGAAAAUAAUAGUAAAUCUCACAGUGAUAAUCUGUGCAACAUCUUGCCAGUUAAAGUUACUAAGCAACAAUGCAUAGUUGUACAAAGUGAUUUAAGUAUGGUUCUUGAAAAUAAUAGUGCUUUAGGAAGUGCUUCAGAAAUAUUUAAGUUAGAUAAAAGUAAUAUGACAAGUGAUGAACUUAAUAUUGUCAGCAUUAGUGAUCAAGAGGAGAGUGUUGGUGAUAAUGUAGCUUUAGUCACUGAUUGCCCAGAAGAUAAUUAUGAGGGUGAUCAGGUAUUUCAUAAAAAUGCUGAGCCAUUGAAGAGUAAUCUUCUUGACAAUAAAUGUAAAGAAAAUGAUAAUUUAGAUUGUGAAGUAAUACCCAUUUCAAAUAUUAAUUCAGGUCACACCUUACUUCCUCUGUUAGUAAAUCGUAUUACUGAUGCAGAAUGUCCCUCUGGGUGUAGUAGUAGUAGCAGCAGCACAGACAGACAAAGGCAUUCUGGAAAGCUGUAUAGCUCAUCUACUUCACAACAGGAAAUGACCAAUAAGGUCUCAAGCUCUGUAGAUGAAAACAGUUGUACCUCUGAGUAUUCAAAUGAUUCAGAUAAAACUCAGAUCUUUUUUGAUGAAGUUUUGUCUAACAACAAUUGCACAAAAUUAAAUGAUGAAACUACUUUUGCUGAUAAUCCUAAGGAAGAAUUAUCAUCAAUGAAGACAUUACUUCCAAUAUCCAGGGAAAAGAUUAAUGAUCACUUGAUGAAUAAAGAAGAAAAUGGCAAUUGUGAGGCACCUACAGCACCUCUGCCUAAUCAAAUAAGGAUUAGCAGUAAUGACCUAGAACAUGUAGGAUCACCACUGGAAGAACAAGUUAAAAGUGAAGAAUUUAGGUCCAUGCAAAAGAAAUUUAUUUAUGACUGGAGCAUCUUAUUUUCAAAUGAAGAUGCAAGUGAUGUAACUGUAAUAACACAAGAUGGUAGCAUUAUUUCAGCCCAUUCUCUGGUGUUCCUUGCUAGGUGCCCACAACUAUAUAAAGAAGCAAAGGCAGCAGAGAUGAGAGUAAAAUGGGACAAAGUAUCAUUUGAAGCUGCAACAACUUUUUUAGUAUAUCUCUAUACUGGUACCUGUAGCAUAAAGGUGAGAGGUGAUCCAUUGUGGAUGGAAGUUUUUGAUUUAGCUCUUGAGUAUGAAUGUCUAGAACUUGUAUCAUAUCUCAAAUCCAUCUUUGAUGUUGCAACUGCUACAGAUGUUGAAUCUUCAAUAGAAACAGGAUCUAGGAGUGAUAAACCUCUUAACACUACAUCAAAUUCAAAUGCUGAUAUUCUUGUAAUAAAAAAAACAUCAAACAUGGAAAAUAUUAAUGAAGACAGUGGUAGAUCAGUGAAGCGUUGUCUUAAAUUGUCUCCUUUUGACAAAAGCAUUAAUCUGCCUAAAAGUUCUAGAAGGAUAUCAUUAACAGGCAGUAAUGAACUGAAUAUUACAGCUGAUGAUAAUUCAUUGUCAGAAGGAUUGCAGAUUAUUAACUGUCAGUCUCCUGACUUAUUUGAUGUAUCACUUCCUGUUAAAGAUGCAAGUUUUGUUUCUACUUCAUCUAAAUCCCCUCUAACAUUGCUAAAUAACAUGAAAUCACCAAGAGAGGAAAGCGCACGCACAGUGCAUUUGGAGCCUGAUGUUGUCUCCAAAAAAAUUUCAACAGAGAAUUCAGGCAAAGUAAAUCAGGCAAAAGAAAUCAAACAAAUACAAAAUAAGAGCAUGGGUGGUCAAACUGGUGGUACAUCACCAAGAAAAGAUAAUGCUGACCAUGGGGAAGGAUCUUCCCUGUUAAAAUUAGGUGUUCAAAGUAAAUUAUCCAACUGUCCUGAAGCAGGAGGCAACAUAAUUGAUCUAACACUCAGUAGUAAUUCUGAAAACUCUUCUGCAAGCUCCCCACAUGAUGCUCUAAUUAAGGAUCAAAUUAACACUUUCGAUUUUCAUUCAGAAGGGGAAGAAAUGGAACCUUUAAAACUGUGGUCUGAUAUAAGUAGUCCCAGAACUGAUGAGAUUUCCCAACAAGAUCUGAUUACAGAAGAUUUUCUUGAGUCACGUAAAAGUUUGUAUGAAAAUGUCCCAGAUGGCGAACAAGAGAGUGUAAAUAAGCCGUAUAAUAGUAAUGUUUGGGAUGAUUUUGAUGAUGUAGAAAAUGAUAUGUCAGUUCCUAUAAAUGCAUAUGCAACUCCUGCAAAAUGUGGGCUUCAGUCUGAUGCUAAUUCUAAGACAACUGAUGAUAUUUCACCUAUUUUGAGACCUUUUCCUCAUGUAAGGAAAGAUGCAAGUUCUGCUAUUAGUCCCAAAACUAAUAUUUGUGAAAAGAUAGGCUUCCAGUAUAAACCAAGUUCUGCAGCAUUAUAUCAAUCGGCUGUUCAAGAAGACUCACGAAGGUUAUAUUUAGAUGAGACUGACUCUUCUGUAUCCAACAUAAAAGGUAAAGAUACAGAAUCAGAAAAAGCUUUUGCAAAAGAUAAGGAACAAAAUUUAUUAGCAACAGGUUCUUUUCUUGGUGAUGAAACUAUGAUUAAGAUAACAGAACAUCUAGAUUGUGAGGAAGUAUGGCAAGAAUUUGAAGAGGCAGAAGGUUGCAAACAAUCCCCAAAAAGGCUUGAUUCUAGAGAUUUUCAUGUUCCCUGUUGUGAUCUAAUGACACCUCAACUGAAAAAGAAUUCAAGGAGAAAAAAUGUUACACCAUUGCCAGAUUAUAAGAAUAUGUCUUCACCAGAUCUUAAGAAACAGUUAACAAAGUAUGGUGUUCGACCUUUGGGCCGCCGAAAAGCUGUAGUACUCUUGCAACAUCUGUAUGAACAGACUCAUCCCCUGGUCACUGAUAGCGAGGCAGACAGCAGUUUUUGUGAAACUCCCAAUCCAAAAACACUUGCAAGUCUUAAAUCGAAUAUGGAAAAUAACGCCAUUCAGCAUGAUAAUAUGAGAGCAGAGAACAAAAGAUCAUCAACUGAAGCAGAUGGUAAACAAUUUAAGAAGUUAACUACUACAGAAAAUAAAGAGAAAGUAAUUGUAAUUGACGGAGGGGAUAGUGAUGAGAGUGGUGAAGAAAGUAGCCAGCUUAAUUCCUCUCAAAUAUCAAGUACAAGUACUGAUGGGUCUUCAUUUGAUUGCCAUGAAGAAUCGAUGUUGUUGGGGAUUGAUGAUGAUGACAAUAUUACUUCAACUCAACAAGUUGAUAUUCAUAGUAAAGUGUUGCAGUUCAUCACCAGUGAUCCAGAUCUACACCAUAAAGUUUUGCUUUAUGAACCUAUCUUUAUAAAGGAAUUGCAAGAAUCCUUAAAGGUCAAUGGUAUUAAAUGUAGCAUGAAGAUCCUGUUGAACCUAUUGGAUGACCAGUGCAUAACCUUCCGUACACAACACCAACGGACAAGACGACGUGGAAACUGGAAAUCUAAAAAAUCUCGUAAAAAUAAUUAAAAAUUUUUAAGGUAAUAAAAUUUGUAUGCUGUG